AUGCCUACUUUCCCAUCCAAUCCCGUAAACUCGCCACGCCUGCACAACACGCUCCGAAGGAACCCUCUCCUCUUUGGGAUUCCUUUCCUUGUGAUCAUCGUGGGGUCCUCGUUUGCGCUGUCAAGUUUUACGCAGACGAGGUAUGAUUUGCAUGACAAGAAAGUUACGCAGGUGAGCAAGCAGCAAGAGCUUGGUUUGGAGAAGGAUAAGAAGAAGUUCGACAUUCGAGAAGAGUACUAUAAACUGAGCGCAGCUCAGGACGAUGAAUGGGAGAACAAGCGCAUCCAACGACCGAAGGGUCUCCCGGAAUGGGGCGUCCCGCCCACCGAACCUCCCAACCCUCCGAAACCUUGA